AAAAAAUGUGUUGCCACAGAAAGGUUCAGUGUUCAAUCAGUCAGCCAGCGGUCUGCUGCCAAACCCCGGAAGCUGGAAUAUCGAGCCAGGCAUUACUGGCAGAUCGCCGAGCACGGUCGAGCUUUAAAAUAACAUUAUACUUUAUAAACGCGAAAAGAAAUCUGCGUUUGAGGUCCAUCUUUGAAGCACGUUGCCAAGCAACGCAAAGUCUUAACAUGAAGAUGAGCCACCAAUCCAACAAAAGUUUUCUACAUAACCAUAACUUGCCGAAGACAUCCAGUGACCGCCACAGUAGCACAGCCAAGUCUUCAUGUCAUACAGCCAAUGCUGCCCACACCAGCAAACCAGUGUGCUCUAGCAGUAUGAGAACAGAUGUGCAUUGCAACUCGUCACAUAAAGUGAGGCAUCUUAAAACCAGGAAGGAGAGGAAUCAGAUUCGAGGUCUGGAGAGAAACAGGUAUCACCCAGGUUCUCAGCACAGCAGAAGAGAAGGUGGUGAGAAAGCACAUCAUCCACUGGCUUGCUCUAGAAAAGAGAGGGCAUUCGCUAAGCCAUUCAUACCCCAGAAGCCAAGCAUCAUAACUAAAGGACGCCUUACUUCCAACCGAGGCCUUUUCAGUCAUGAGAUUAGGUCCAUAGAUAUUGAGAGGCUGGUGAGCGAGCAGAUAAGGAGAGACGAGCAGAGAAAAGAGCAAAGAAAUCAGUCUAUGAUGCACAUUACAUCACCGCUGCCUCCCUCUGUACCUGAUUCAGUCCCGGACUGCACUCUGGAUGAAGUACAGGAACCAGAAAAUAAUACGCCGCCACAAGUGAAGAGGAAGAAAAGUUCAAGAAAAGAGCCUAGUGAAAUAAACACAAGUGGCUUUCAGACUAAUAGAGGGGUUGUUGUAUCUAUGGGACCAUCUAGAGAAGAUGGGAAGCAUGACAGAAAUGCCAACAGCAGAAGGGAAGAUACUAAUAGCAAAACAAGACAAGAUAGUCCGAGUAGCCCCCCAAGAGAAACUGAACAUGUGGUUUUGUCAUCCUCAGAAAAUGAACCGGUUUAUCAGUUAUGCUCUACUCCAGUUGAAACUAAUAUGAAUAACUCUGAUGUUUCACAAACAGGCAAUCUCAAAUGCCCUGAUGAAGAAAACCAAGAAAAUGGUUUUAUGAAUAUUCAGAGAUUUGAGAAAAACUCUACAACGGUGGGAUUCCCAAACAUGGAAGUUACGCAAAUGUUCGAAAACCCGCAGACAUUAACCUCUCUAUCUGACCUGGACUCUGGGGCUGGUCAAGUAGGAGACAAUGUUGAGCAAGGAGAGCAAAUGUCACUGUCUUGUAGGAAAGAAGUGAAAAGGCUCCUGACACGUUUGUGCCAGAGUUCAGAGCUCCGUGUGCCAAGCCUUCGGCAUCCCCUGCUGGCCGAGUGUAGAGAGGCGCUACUACAGGAUUUACAAAAAAGACAGAGUUUCCAGUUAGAGCACAACCUCCACAGGCUACAUUCGUUCUUGAAUAGGAAUCAAAUGGCUUCUCAGCUCAGCUCAGGACAGAGAGAUGAAAAUUGUUCACCUUCUAGCCAUACAGUGGAGAAUGAGGAUAGGUGCUUCAACAGGAACAUGGAGAUAUGGACAGACAGUGCCAUGCAACAAGAUUACUUAACACAGGAUGUUAAGCAGGACUUGGACAGAGGAGCUUUCACCAAGAAACGUAGGAUACAAGAGUGGAAGACCUCGUCCAAUCUCUUCUCCCUUGAAGAACCACGACAGUCACACACUGACAUGUUUGACCAGUGGAGGGCAGCUAGGUUGUCUCAGGAUUGCAUCAGAUCUCAGCAUCAUCGCAGCAGACAGCUCUUUAACCAGGAACAGACCUUUACCCAGCAUGCUAUACUCAAAAGCCCCACCUGGGUUGAUCAUCCUGUGGACUCCUAUUCUCAGCAGCAGCCACUGAGCAGAGGGGAAAGUUUGAAAAACAUAGAUUUAGAUCUCUCAAGAAUCUCUCAACAGUGGAGGGAAGACAAAGAUCUUGAUUUGAAUUCGUUUCACAUAUGUGAGAGCAGAAAACAAAAACCACAAGCAUCUUUUGGAGGAUCCAGAUUCUGGUCGCAUCAGCACCAAGUUCAGGAUGAAAGAGAAAGAUGGGCUCCCUUCUCAUUCUCAGCAUCCUAUCUCUCAGAGGGCUUUCAAUACAAGCCUUUUUUUCGCUGUCCACAUCCAUCUAACACCCAGCACAGGUCAGACUGUCUUGGUAUGUCUCACUGUCCCAGGACAGACACACCAGAUAGGGUAUUUUACCCUCCCCUUUACCUUUAGCAAAGCUGUUUGCCACAAUUGAGGCUGUUUGCCAAGAUUAUCUUUGUAUGAGUAACACACUUUUUUUUUUUUGAAAGACCAUCACCUUGAGAUUUGAAUUUGAGGGUUCAGUGUGCUCAAAUUAUGUACAGUCAUGAUUUCUCUGGUGUUUUUGCAUUUACUGGUAACACAGGUAUUAAGAGUGAAUGAAACUGCUUAAAAACAAAUUACUCUUUGUGCUGCACAAAUAAUAAAG